AUGGCUGGCCUGUUCCAGUCAUUUCGGAGCUCCAGCAUGCCCAAGCGGCUGCUGCGAUAUGCCUUAUCGCGGCUGGAGCUCCUCGACUCUGAUGCGUUGGAUAUGGACAACCUAGAUCUCGCCUUGGGCAGAAACACCGUCUUUGAGUUUCGGGACGUUGGAGUCCAGCUAGAUAAGCUGGAGAAGCUGCUGAAGCUGCCCAAGACGUUUGCGCUGCAGAAAGCCAAGGUCGUCCUCCUCCGGGUCACGAUUCCGAUGGACUUCUACACGAGCCCUAUCAGCAUCGAGGUCGAUGGCGUCGAUGUCAAGCUGAAGGUGGUAGUUCCCGAUGCCAAGGCCAAGUCGAGCCAUCCCACGACGACGACCGACGACGAUGACGACACCGCCGCCGCCGUCCCGAAUACCGUUGAUCUUGCGCAGUCAUUCCUCGAAACGCAGCCGUCCUCGGAGAGACGGAAACUCGAAGCGGCGCUGGCUGCGGAAACACAAGACCUCGGCGCAUCCGGAUCCAUGAGCGACGAUAGCAGCGAAGAUGAGCCAGUUAUGGGUACUGGGCAGCCUUUGUCAUUGCCGGGCUUUCUGGCCGGAUUCCUGCAAGGAAUUGUUGAUCGCAUGCAAAUUAAGAUCCAAGGCGUGGCUUUUCAGCUAGAUAUGGACAUUCCGGUGGACGUCAGUGCGUCGGCUACAGAGCCGGUCUCUUUCCAGAUCGCGCUGGAGGGCAUCGACAUCGAAGGCGUCACCACGAAGAGCGAGGGAUCACGAGCGUCAGCGGUGGCAGCGCCCAAGGAAGGCAAGCGGCAAAUCUCCCUAGACAACGUCCGCGCCUACUUAAUAUCUGAAGCCAACGUCUUUUCGACUUUAACCCGGUCCUCAUCCAUGACUUCGCCAUCUGCAGCAUCGUCCCCUGUUCAUUCGCGGAAUCCACCUUCAAGAGAAGCUACAAGCCUUUCCUUGGAGAGUCACGGAGCCGAUAUCCACAGCUCGGGACAGCCCAGCUAUCCUUUGGCAGAUAGCGAAGAAGCCCUUGGAAUUCCGUACGAGUUUGAAGACGACGGCGGGCCUGAUGACGAAUGCCCCGCGACUCCCCGCGCUUCACAAUCCCGAGACUUCCACUCUCCCGAGGAUACAGCUUUCCACUCUCCCGAGGACCCUGCCUUGAAUACUUCACCAACCCUACGAAGAGAUAUUGAUGACGGACUUUCAUUAUCCCAGGGUUACUUUGAGGAGCAUGGGAUGACCUCCUCCUCAUUAUUACAGCAUCCAGAAGGUCUAGAGGCUUUUGGUAUUUACGGCCUUCAACCUUCCCCGGGUUCGGAAUCCGAAGGCCACGCCGAGCCGGGAGAUCUGGAUGAAGAUCUCGCACAGUCGCAUCUAUAUACUCAUGAGGAGGCUGAGAGCAUGUAUAUGAGUGCUUUUUCAAAGGCAGGAGCCCAACAAAAGUCUCCCUCGCCCACCGAAGAGGCGGCAGAGCUUUUGCAAACCCCUCAAGCCGCCCAAGGGCAGUUCAGUCAAUCCACAACUCCAUUCGCGAUGCCGGGUGGUUGGGAUGAUGACGUCUCAGAAACUGAUAGAGCCGAGUCUCCCGAGAAGCAGCACCCUCCUAGCGAUAGUAUAUCAGAGCCACAGCCUCAGCUGGUGCCCGAAGGCGAAGCGGCGCCGACAGCCGAACCCGCAGUUGAGCAACAGAACCCAAGCUCUUCAGUAGCUCCACGAGCCCCGACAGAAGGUAAACCUGGUUCGAGGGAUGCGGAAGAAGAAACAUCUCACCUUGAGGAUACGGCCACCCCGAAAGGGCCUACACGAGUUGUCAAGGAAAUCCUGCAUCUCCAGUCCGUCUCCGUUUACAUACCAACGACACAUCCACAUAUCGAACUGGAAGAAGACACAUCUGAGUCAGUCGCAGAACUUGCCCGAGCUAUGAGCAAUUCAGUAUAUCCUCAGGCUCCCGGAGCCUUCUCUGUGCAUGCACCCGCGUCCGGCUCCGUGUUUGAACAACGGCCUAACAUACAGCAGACUCAGAGCGCCGAUAAUGCAUUGGAGGUGGACUUGUCUCCAGUGUCCAUUCGCUUUGAUGCGUCGCUAGCGUUUGUGCUUGCGAUGAUCGUUGGGAAGCUUGUUGAUGCGGUGAAGAGUAAGCAUCCGGUUGCAAAACCCCAUCAAGGUGCCGACGCUGCACAGCAGCAGGAAAAAACCCCAGAGGUCAGAGUAACGGUGAAGGAAGUGUCCGUGGACUUCUUGAACCGACUGGCCGGAGUGGCAGACACCCCUCGGCGUCACCUGGAUCCCUCGGCAUUCAUGUUCGACCACGAGGUCCUCCUGAAUGCAACUCUGCGCAAUUUGGGUGUCUCUGUGGCGCCUGUCAAGAUACCGAUUGACCUGGAAACUUUCCGCUUCGGAUACAGCAACGGCGACAUCAUCUCUUUCGACAAAGCUGCACAAAUGAGCACGUCUGUCAGGGACACGUUCCUCUCGAACGGGCAUGAUAUCGCCAUCAAGAUGUCACAAGCCAAGGAGAGUGUCAGAACAGAAAUCGAGACGCUGCCAUUGGCGGUUCAUGUGGAUUUGCAACGACUGGACGAGACAUUCAGCUGGUUCGGAGGUCUGAGUAGCUUUCUCAAUAUGAGUGCUUCCAUGACGUCUAGCCCGUCGCCCACACCCAAAUCACCGUCGAAGCCAGCGCAGCGGGCCAAGGGCGUACGCUUCGAGACACCAAUUAACCCAGACGACAAGUCUGCUGUUUCUGAAAACAAAAUCAACAUGCGCAUAGGUGGCUCCUACAUCGAACUUGUUGGCAGGGAAUGCAGCUUUGUCGCGGAGAGCAACGCCAUCAAGUUCAUCAACAGGGAACGAGGCGCCGGAGUAAGCUGCAGCAGGAUGCGCGUAUCCGGUCCGUAUCUGAAGAACUCGAUGGCGAAACCUGCCAUCAACACCGAGAUUGGUGGGGUGCGGUUGGAGUUUGUCACCACUCCCAACGAUUCGGACCUCGAGAGGCUGCUUGGCUUAAUAACGCCCUCCAAGGCCAAGUUCGAUCACGGUAGCGACGAGAUCAUGGUUGAUACCCUGAUACGCCAGCGAAGAAAGGGUUCGGUUCUCAGGGUUGGAGUAGAAACGUUGAAUGUGCGGGUGAAGAACCUGGCUCAGCUCGAGGUGCUUCCAGCCCUAGCCGAAGAACUGGCCAAGCUGUCAACCGUCGCAAAAUAUCUCCCAGAAGAUGACAGGCCUGGGAUCAUGACACUUGCGAAAGUGCAUGAACUUGGCGCAAGCGUUGAGCUCGGUGGUACCUUUGGGCAACUCAGCGGGGAACUGAAAGAGCUUGAAGCUGCGCAUAUCAGCAUUCCCUCGCUGGUGGCUGUUGCGGUAUCGGGCAUCUCCGUCAGGCGUAACAAGACCGAGGAACUCAUCAGUUCCUCGGUUCUAUAUGCUCCAGCAGAGAUUGCGAAUCGCGGACCCGUCAUCAUGGCAAGGAUGAUUGGUGACGACAUUGAGCCCAUUGUGAAGCUGAAUCUGCAAGACAUCAGCAUCGAGUACCGCGUUCCGACGAUCAUGGAUAUUCUUGGUCUGGCAAAGGAUGCUACGCCGCAGGAUUUUGAAGAGAGCUUGGCCGCCUCGGUCGCCAGUCUCGGCGACCAGGCUCACGCAGCUCUGGCACGACAGCAGCCCCUAUCGCCAACACAUGCUCCCUCGAAGCAGAGCAAGCCACUCACUCUGGAUGUGUCAUUCCGAGAUUGCCUUGUUGGCCUGAACCCACUGAAUCAAAAGUCAAAGAUGGUCCUUGUGUUCACGGACGCUCGACUUGCCGUUGUUCUUCCCCAGGACGAGGUCACAAAGGUGACUCUGGAUGUUCACAAGGCGUCAAUCUUACUCACCGAUGAUGCCUCGCAGGCCACUUCGGAUUACCGCCCCUCGUCGAGCACAAGGCGCCGAGCGUCCUCUUCGGCAUCCCCUCAAGCAGUCUCUCUGAGUGCGCAAGGCUUUGUUGACAUUUGCUACAUGUCGUCAGCAAAGGUAACUGUUGUUGUUGCUCCCGGUGUAGAUGGCGAGAAGCAGGUGGAGGUCGAAGUCCGAGAUGACCUCUUGGUGUUGGAGACUUGCGCAGAUUCUACCCAGACUCUGAUAAGCUUGGCCAAUGCACUUUCGCCACCCACACCGCCCAGCAAGGAGAACAAAUACAGGACCAAGGUGAUGCCCGUGCAGGAUCUGCUUGCCUCAAUCUCGGCAGAGGCGUUUGGGAGGCCGGAGGGAGAAUACGACUUUGAUCAAGACUUUGCCGGCGCCCAGGAAAUGGCCAAGAGCCAGUCCGAGGCCGGCUUCGGGGUGGACAACAAUUUCCCCAUCGAGUCGCAGUUCUAUGGGAGUGAAGCCGAAGGAGAAGAGCUGUUUGAUGCCAUGAAGCUGUCUGCCACAUCGCAAGACACACGAAUGCAAGAUACCCAGGAGGGCGUCUUGAUCACGGGACUCGACCGUUCUCGCAGCUACGUCUCAGAAGGUUCUAGCGAUGAUUUGGCCUUCAAGGAAGACUUUUUCAACGAAUCUGCGCCUGACGAGCAUGGCGCCAAGAUAUGGAACUCGGUCAAGAACUCGUACGACAAGGCUCCCGCCAACUUAGUGAAACGCAGCCCCCUCAAGGUGUCCGUGAGAGACGUCCAUGUCAUCUGGAAUUUGUUUGACGGCUACGACUGGACGCAUACGCGCGACACGAUCAGCAAGGCCGUUCAAGACGUGGAGACCAAGGUCUAUGAGCGCCAGGCACGACUCGGCGGGCGGCAGGUCUUUGAAGAGGAGAUUGAAGACGAAGAGACCAUUGGCGACUUCCUGUUCAACUCCAUCUACAUUGGGAUUCCGGCGAGUCGAGACCCCCAGGAGCUGUCUCGUGCAAUCAACGAAGGCCUGGCCGAUAAUGCAACGGAGACGGAAUCGGUUGCCACCACAGCGGUGACGACAUCGACGAAUCGAACCGUCCGCAGAGGGUACCCCAAGUCGCGACGCCUCAAGCUGCAGCGAAGCAAGCACCACAAGAUUACCUUCGAGCUCCAGGGCGUCAACGUGGACAUGGUUGCCUUCCCGCCUGGCACCGGAGAAACGCAGAGCAGUGUUGACAUACGCGUUCAGAACCUUGACAUCUUUGACCACGUCCCUACAUCCACUUGGAAGAAGUUUGUGACGUACGAUCGCGACCAGGGAGAACGCGAGAUGGGCACCAGCAUGGUGCAUCUCGAGCUCUUGACAGUCAAGCCACUGCCAGAACUGGGAGCUUCGGAGAUUGUGCUCCGAGCGACGGUGUUGCCCCUGAGGCUGCACGUCGACCAAGAUGCGCUCGACUUCAUCACUCGCUUCUUCGAGUUCAAGGAUGAUAGUGUGCCAGUGCAUUCGUCGCCCAGCGACGUCCCCUUCUUACAGAGGGCCGAGGUGCACGACAUCCCCGUCAAGCUAGACUUUAAGCCAAAGCGAGUGGAUUAUGCUGGUCUUCGCUCUGGCCACACGACCGAGUUUAUGAACUUUAUCACGCUGGAGGAGUCUAGGAUGGUCCUUCGGCAUACAAUCAUUUACGGAGUAUCUGGCUUUGACCGGCUGGGCAAAACGCUCAACGACAUCUGGACGCCCGACGUCCGUAAUAACCAGCUUCCGGGCGUCGUGGCAGGUCUGGCGCCCGUGAGGUCUCUCGUGAACAUUGGUAGUGGCUUCAAGGAUUUGAUUGAGAUUCCCCUCAAAGAGUAUCAGAAGGACGGCCGCAUCAUCCGAAGCAUUUCCAAGGGAGCAGCAGCAUUUGCCCGCACAACCGGCACGGAGCUGGUCAAGUUUGGAGCGAAACUGGCCGUCGGGACGCAAUACGCUCUGCAAGGAGCAGAAGACAUGCUCACCACGGGGAUCAAGCCAGACGAUGGCUGGGAUGACGACGACCCCGAUGCAGAAGACAAGAAGCAAAUCUCGAUCUAUGCGGACCAUCCUACGGGGGUGAUUCAAGGUAUCCGGGGUGGCUACAGAUCGCUUGCUCGGGAUGUGAACCUGGCACGAGACGCAAUCAUUGCCGUGCCAGGAGAGGUGAUGGAGAGUCAGACGGCUACGGGAGCCGCCAAGGCAGUGCUGCGACGAGCGCCUACCAUCAUUUUCCGGCCUGCAGUGGGUGUCUCCAAGGCCAUUGGACAGACAUUGAUGGGAGCGACGAACUCGAUUGAUCCACACAAUCAACGCAGAAUUGAUGAGAAAUACAAGAAACAUUAGAUCAUGGCUGGAGACAAUGUCUUCGCGAGAAGAAGUUUUUGAAUGUGGCCAUAGCGGAUGCUAUAUACGCGCAAGAGGACCAUUGUUUAGAGUUGCUUGUGGCAGCCGGCUUAUAAAGCGACGAAAUUUGUUACGACGACAAGCACAGUGGGUAGAUUACUCUCCUUUAUACUUGCUUUUUUUUCUUGUUCUUUUUCUUUCUUUUCUUUUUGGGGCCGUACGUAUAACGGGCAUCAUGUUGUGCUUUGAUUUG